AUGGACAGGUCCACCAGCUGGUCAAAGGUGAACUCCUCGUAUUGGUCCAGCACCGCUUCUUCUUCCCCCCAUACGGCGUUGGCCCACUCCAGGGCUUUCCCUGAGAGAGAGGAGACGAUGGUGGACACGCUCUCAACGCCGCCCAUUCCUUCCAGUGACAAAGAGCGCCAUCACUCCCCAAGCCCCCCCUUCACCUCUCCUGCCUCUUCCAAGUCUCUUCAUCUCCCCACCUCUCCUGCCUCCUCCUCAAAGUCUCUUCUCCCCACCUCUCCUGCCUCUUCCAAGUCUCUUCAUAUCCCCACCUCUCCUGCCUCCUCCUCAAAGUCUCUUCUCCCCACCUCUCCUGCCUCUUCCAAGUCUCUUCAUCUCCCCACCUCUCCUGCCUCUUCCUCAAAGUCUCUUCUCCACACCUCUCCUGCCUCUUCCAAGUCUCUUCUCCCCACCUCUCCUGCCUCUUCCAAGUCUCUUCAUCUCCCCACCUCUCCUGCCUCUUCCAAGUCUCUUCAUCUCCCCACCUCUCCUGCCUCUUCCAAGUAUCUUCAUCUCCCCACCUCUCCUGCCUCUUCCAAGUCUCUUCAUCUCCCCACCUCUCCUGCCUCUUCCAAGUCUCUUCAAAUCCCCACCUCUCCUGCCUCUUCCAAGUCUCUUCAUAUCCCCACCUCUCCUGCCUCUUCCAAGUCUCUUCAUCUCCCCACCUCUCCUGCUUCUUCCAAGCUGUGCUGUGGAGGGCUGGAUGCUGAAGUGGCCUUUGUGGGUUCAGCUGAGCAGUUCGUCCACUCUGGCACAGCCUCAGAGCGCUGCCUCAGCCUGGGCAUGGGUUGGCUGCUGGCCGGUCGCCCUCUGGAGCCCGUGCCAAUGUCCUGA